CUUAAGAAACGCGAGGACGAGAUCGAGGACGGAUCAGUGUCGUAUCAUUGUUUACAAUUUUUUGACUACUUAAUGGCAUCAUUUAGGGAGGUUCGCGACCUUCUCCUCGACAGUUUCGAUGACGGAGAAUUAUCGGAGGACGAAUUUCUUCUUCUCUAUGAUUUAAACACGUCUAAAAAUCCUGAUUUUCCGUACGAGUGCUGCGGGGAAUUCUCCCUUGAUGACCUGGACGACAGCGAGUGUUUUGCCGAAUUUCGUGUUCAUAAAACUGACAUCCCAGUUCUGCUGGAAGCCCUUCAGCUCCCCCAGACUUUCAUAUGCCGACAAGGAACAAAAUGUGAUGGUAUUGAAGGGCUUUGCAUUGCACUGAGAAGAGCUGCAUAUCCUUGUAGAUACAGCGAUUUGAUUCAGCGAUUUGGUCGUCCAGUGCCUGAACUGAGUAUGAUUUCAAACCUCGUCAUGGAUACAAUUUACCAGCAACAUCAUCAUAGACUUACUCAGUGGAAUAACACGCUCCUGAGUCCUGCAUUACUUGAAACCUAUGCCCACGCAGUAUACCAGAAAGGAAGUCCAUUGUCCAAUUGUUUUGGUUUUAUUGAUGGAACGGUGCGACCUAUUUGUAAGCCUGGAGAGAAUCAAAGGAUCGUUUAUAAUGGGCAUAAGCGAGUACAUGCCCUAAAGUUCCAGUCUGUAGCACUGCCGAAUGGUAUAAUAGCCAGCAUGUAUGGCCCAGUAGGUAAUUAAAAUUAUAGCAGCAUUUUAUUGAUGUAAAAAUAUUUUGUUGUGAAUCCUGUAAAUUCUAAUUUAAUCUAUUUCACUGUUAUCUUCCAGAGGGGAAGAAACACGAUUCUGCCAUGUUAGCAGAUUCUGGUCUUCUUCAACAGCUGGAGCAUUAUGCUUUUUCUCGAGCAGGAGAGCCAAUGGCUCUUUAUGGGGACCCUGCUUAUCCCCUACGUGUCCACUUGCAAGUCCCCUACAGAUGUGCAGGAAUGACGCCUCGCAUGGAGGAGUACAACAAGGCCAUGAGUGCUGUGCGCAUUUCUGUAGAAUGGCUUUUUGGUGACAUUAUAAACUACUUUAAAUUUCUCGACUUUAAAAAAAACUUGAAAAUUUCUCUGAGUGCUGUUGGGAAAAUGUACAUGGCAUGUGCCAUUCUUCGCAAUGCCUUGACUUGCAUGUAUGGCAAUUCCACAUCAGAGUUUUUUGCCCUAAACCCUCCUAGUGUACGCGAGUAUUUUAAUUGA